AUGAUGCUGGGAAGCCAAGCCUACCUAACGCUGCCCGCUCCUCGUGCGUCGGAGGAAGACGAGCAAGAUCCUCGCCAUGAGGAGCUCCAACGCAAACGAGCGCAAGCCCCACGAGCAGAGCAGCAAAUGGGCAUGAGUGGACAAGAUGCGUCACGGCAGCACGAACAGCAGGUGGGCAAGCUGCGUCAGGAGCAGCCCAGGCAGCAGUCGACCAGGAAGGCUUAUAACCAGGACAUGCUGCGCUGUGCAAGUGUGCUGUGCGAGCUGUGCUAUUUGGGGAUCGAGGACACGGAUAGUGACGUGGUGGCGGAGGUGCUCUACAUGCCCCAUGAGUGUGGAGCGCGUCAAGUCCACGGAGGUUAUCCGGGUGCAUCGCUGCUGUUCCUGCUGUUCAAGCCCGCCUUGAACGCGCGCACUUUGGCCGUCACCCACGAACGAGACUGGCGCCCGCGUAUCGAUGCCCACGACACUUCCAUGGUGCAUCUGGCGGUGUGCGCGCAAUCGGACAAGGCUGGCUCGGACGUCACGAAGACGCGCCAGCGCUGCUGCCGCUGGUCGCCCAAGUACGCGGAAUCUAUGUGCUCCAAGGCGAGAAUAAAGAGCUUCGACUACUCCCCGCAUGAUACCGUGUCGUCGACGCAAAUGGUCGCUGGCGAUCCGUGUAGUGAAACCUGCGGCAUGAAAGCUCUUGCGUCGUACGUGCGAAAUGGUGAACAUCUCCAGCGUAUGGACAAGUCGUGCGUGGAGGAGAUGCCUGAAUUUGACUUAAAGACGCCCGAGUACUAUCUGCAGAGCGUCAUGGGCACCGACGAUGCCUACGAUGGCGUGUUUAACUCCAGCUUGAGCUCGUAUUAA